GCCAUGAAUGUCAACAAUAAAUAAUGAAUUGUUUAGAAAUAAAGCUAUUAAAAGCGAACGCAUGGUGAAUAAUAAAGUUGCAUGAGACAAUAGCUUACGAUUCAAAAUGCAAUAGCUCAUUUAAAACAUGGGUAAAGGGGAGAAAUAAUGCUAGUUUUCGGAAAGACAUGAAAUUUGUGGUGGUGUGUUUGUGCGUUGUGUUGUUUAUAGUAGAGGUAAAUUCUGCAGAUUACGGGUUGUGUCCUGCCAAUUGCACGUGCAAAGUCAACUCCCAAAGAGAUGGGGCCAACUAUCUUAAGAUGGUCUGUGGAGAGACAAAUAAAAUUACCAGUCUGGAGCAGCUUGAACUGCUCAAUCUCGCCAACGAGCUUUCGCAGCUGAAUCUAUCCAACAAUCGUCUGAAGACAUUUCAACCAAAGGUGGAAUUGGUGGCUCUUCAGAAAUUAAAUUUAAGCGGUAAUGACAUUAACGUACUUUCCAAACACCAAUUCCGCGAAGUACCCAAUUUACGCAGACUGGAUUUGUCUAUGAAUUCCCUACGGCAUGUAGACGUGCUUGCGUUCGAGGGGCUUCACCAUUUGGAAAGGCUCAAACUUAACAACAAUCUUAUCACGACCUUGAAGUUGGGCACCUUCAACAGUCUCUCCAACCUCAAACAGCUGGACUUGUCCAACAACCCUUUGCAGUGCGACUGUGGCCUGUUGUGGGUUCUAACCUUUGUCCAACGGAGUGAACUGAAAUUAGUGUCCAACCCGAAAUGCGCCUCUCCUUUGUCAUUUAAAGGUCAUUUUUUGAGAAAGCUCAAAGUCGGAGUGGACAUCCACUGCAAAUCGCCUGCCACUCACGACGGGCUGCCCCUCAUCGACAUGACUCCCGGAAAUAACCAAAUUGUAUUCGCCGGAGACUCGCUAAAGCUGCAUUGCCGCGCUCCCAUUAUUUCCGACUUGGUUGAUGACUCUAACUUGGAAUGGCUGUGGUUGGACGCCAAACCUAAAAAAUAUUUUAACGACGUUUCGGUCGAGACGGAGUUUUUGCACAGCAUGGGUUUCAUCGAUAGCACGCUCAUCGUGAAAAAGCUGCGCAAAGCUCACGAGGGGGUGUGGACCUGCCUCUACACAUCCCGCGAGGGUAAUCACUCCAAGAGCAUAACGAUCGUGGUGAUUUCCGACGAUACCGUAUUCUGUCCGACGACGACGACUCAGAAUAACAAAGGCACUUAUGUGUGGCCGAAAACCAUUUCGAAUAAUACAGCCGAGUUGCCGUGCGAGUCCCUGAAUCUGUACUACAACGAGUCGGAGCAGAGGGCGUCGUACAGCUGCUCGCCGAACGGCACCUGGCAACUUUUAAACACCAGCCGGUGCUCGUAUGUGUCGGACAACACGAAAAUAUUGCAGCAGUUUUCCAGAGUGAACUCGAGCAUACCGGAAAGCACUCGCCAUUUUAAGAACUUCACGUCGAACGUUACCAUAUUUAAAGAUGUCAUGGAUUUGGUAUACGCGGUCGACACCAUCGAGAAUUACUCGAGUCUCGACGCGUCCGAGAAUACCAACAGUAUUUUGAUGGACGUGGCGAGUAACCUGCUGAAUUUGCCGUGGGCGUACUGGAGGAAGGCGGACAAGGAGCACGGGCUCUGCCAGCGACUCGUCAAUGUGACCGAAAGGAUAGCCACCAGCAAUUCGGCAACCCUGUUCCAACAAGAAAACUUCGUGAUCGAAUCGUUUCAAAUCACCAAAGCGGUCUUCUCCGGUCUGCAUUGUUCGUGGUUUAUCAACCCGGCGAACCACGUGGAUUCCUUGUUUUCGUGCAGCACGAAUGAUCUGCGCGACUCCACCGUCCUCCAUGGCAAGAUGAUGGAAGCAUCGAUAGCGGUGCCGGAAAAACUGUUGCCCGUCGAGGAGGCCGAAAAAAAAACGGAGGAAAACUAUUUCCUCAUCAUUUCCGCGCACAGCAACGCCAAGCUAUUUCCCAUCGAAGACGAACGGGUGGACGAAGAGGGUAUCAGCUCGGCGGUGGUGGGGUUGAAAAUCGCGGGUUUAAAUGCGGCCCGAGUUCACGUCGACCGUCCGGUGGUGGUAACGUUAAAAAAGCCGCCGUCGUCUUCGUUCGAAGUCAACCCGUUCACGCCAGCGGUUUGGCAUUCGGAAUUGAAAAGAUGGACGACCGAACCGUGCGAAUUUGAUAAGCAAACCGAUGCGCACGUUUCAUUCAUCUGCCACCAGAUAGGCUAUUACGGUCUCUUGCAGGACGCGGCCUACAUAACUAACAUGAGCACGUCUCCCGGCUAUUUCCGGUUGUGCCACCCCGCCAUCUAUAUCGGCAACGUCGUUCUCUUCGUGUCACUCCUAGUGGCCGUCAUGACGUAUUUGUUCUGCUUCGCCGCGAUCCAGAUGCCAAGAAACGCGAAACACUGCCUCAUCAAUACCUGGCUGUCGGUGGCGCUGCUAUGCUACAUCUACACCUUAGGCAUCUACCAGACGGAGGACCAGAAACUGUGCCAGAUCGUCGGUCUGGUGUUGCACUACCUGUCCUUGAGCUCGGUGCUGUGGAUCUGCGUCUCCGUCAAUUCCAUGUACAAGAGGUUCAGCAAGAACGGCGGCGUCAUGUUGCAGGACGACGACAUGCCCAUGGAACAGACCGUCGCGCGGAAACCCACGCUCGGCUUGUACCUCGUAGGAUGGGGCGUAGCUCUGAUAGUGUGCGGCCUGUCGGCCGCGAUCAAUAUACGCCACUACUCUUCCCCGUCGCACUGUUUUCUCCGCACCGGUCCCGCGCUGAGCGCCCUCUACGUGCCAUUCCUUAUCCUCCUCCUCUUUCUCUUCUUCACGUUCCUGUUGAUCAAGUGUGCGAUAUACAAAUGGAACUUUUCGCACGGCGGCCACCUCAGCGAGGGCACGCAGGCGACCGAGCACGUCGACUUGGACCUUCUGGAGCCUAGUUUCACGCAGGGAGACGCGCGGAGCACGCGCAGUUAUUCGUCGAAGACGGCGACGAACGACACCGAGGACAACGAGCGGUCGCCGUCCGCUCAGCUCAAGGCGCACGUCAUUUUCUUUUUCCUGUACGUGACGACUUGGCUUAGCUGCGCGUUCGCGACCGUGCCGCCCCUGAGGACGGUUCCCUACGAGGCGGAGUUUUUCAGCGUCGCGUACGCCAUAUUCGGCAUCACGCUGAGCGCGUUCACGCUGUUCUUUUAUUGUUUCGCUCGCAGCGACGUCCGGAACCAGUGGCUGCUGAUGUUCAGGUGGAUGAGGCACAAAAGGGUGUUUCGGUUUCACACCGUGUCGGACACGUCGCCCACGUUGCAGGCCCAACCGUUGCCCCUACCCCCUCGACCCAACAGCGAAGUUCAUUUCACGUCGAGGUCGUCGAGUCGCAGCUCGCACCGGGCCAAAUCGAUUUCGUUCAAGGGACACGACCUGAACGACUCGAUCAGUAAUCGGAAUUCGUUGCCCACAAGCAGUAAGAUCAACAACCUGAAUUUGCAAGCGCAGUAUAGGUCGGGCGUGGUGCCCCAUAUAAUCGAGAACCCGACAGUGUCGGCUGACAUAUUCUACAAUCCUUAUCAGAUAAUCGCGGCCCGGCGAUUUUUCCGCAAGCAGAGGCGGGAACGGAUGAAGCGGAAUAAUUUGGUGGCCCGCCCCCCUCGCGACGUCAACAGCGACUCCAACUCGGUGAUGUCGGAGCCGAGGCCCGUACGGAUCAAGCACAACGACCGGCACGACUUCUUCGGUACAAACUCGAAAGUACGGCCUCAAUAUGUUGAUAGUGUGAACAACACAAAUAUCCACGUGGAACAGGUGCGCCGGACGCUGCGCCAAAGGAACCCGAACAUCUUCUCGGACAGCGACGACUGCGAUUCGAAGGGCCUCCCUCUCGAAAAGCUCGCACUCGACAAUUCGGAACGGUGCAGGAAGCGAGACCCGUACCGACGCAAAUGUCGUAAAAAGCUCGACGGUGCCAUCGAGACGCCCAUGCAGACGAUAAUGAGGACCGUCUCGCAACAGUGCACUUUGGAGUACAGUUCGGACAGUGCCGUGUCCGAUUCCGUGCUCGAUAAGAACGGCGCCGGGUCGCCGGUGUCGCCGAAGGAGGCGGUGCGGCGCGACCCGAACCCUAAAGGGGCGGACGCCACGCCAGAAACGACCUUACACGUAUGUGUGAGGCGGGAAAAUAGUCAUCUGGGCGAGGACGACGACGAGGAGGAACACCAGUACGUGGAGAUCGACGAGUUCAGGUCGGAAACGACGAGAUUGAGCGGUGCCGAGCUGAAGAGGAAGAAGGGGACGUUUAUGCAGCGGUUACGUUCUCCGUCCGAGUUUUCGCGAACCAGCAGCGUCUCGGCGACGGACAUCGACGAGAUUUAUCAGCAAAUAAGGCGGGACCCGGUCCAACCCAAGGGCUAUAGGCGGGACUACGCGACCGUGCCCGCCCAACGCGCCCAUUCCAGCCCGUUCCUACAUGACUCCGCCCUCAGGGGCGGGGCCGCUUCGAAAAGAAACCGCGUGGUCUGCGGAGGUGGUUCGUUUGACGUCGAGAGUAAGGUUUAAGUUCUGGUGGGCGCAAGGGUAUUUUUUUUUCUUUUUAAUAACACUCGAAAGAGAUGAAAGACUUUUUUUUGUCGCGAGCGAUCCCAAACGUAUACAACACACAUACAACACACGGCAACACUGGCGUCUGGCUUUAGUUUUAUUCCGUUUUCGGGUGCUCCGACUAGUUUUAUGAAUCUGAAGUAUGUUUUUAAGUUAACGAGAAUAAUUUAUUUAAGUUUUUAAUGCUCUAGGAUAAGGAUGUACGUUCCUAAUGUUUUAACCAAGUAUCUUGUGUGUGACGUUGCAUUUUGCGCUCUCUAUUGACGGCAUUGUGUAUUAGAUGUAAUCAGUUGUUGUUUCAUGACAAGUAACGACUGACAAAAUUUGCUUGGCGAUUGAAAACUUGAUCGGAGGUAUGCUUCCGGUGUUGUAAGCUUGCGUGCAACGCGUUUCCAAAUCUGACGACAAUUUCCCGUUUUUCCCGAAUUUAUGACUGAAACAAGAUUUAAUCGGAAGCCCGGGCAAAGCGGAUAUGUUUAAAGAGAAAAUAGAUUCUGCUAUUUAUGAUCCACUUCGAAUGAAAAAAUAUGUUAAAUCCAGACAAUUGUCUGAACUGUCUUUUUUCUUCUAACUUAAAAAACAAAUGUAUUCGCUUUGCCAACUAGCAUGGCAAAGUAAAUAAAAAAUACGUUGUAUAAAAAACAACAAAAAGUGUAUUGUGGUAAUACAAAUAAGUUAGAAAACAAACGCUAAUUCAAAAGUGCAUAAUACCCAGUGUAAUUAGUGCAUUGCUCAUCAGUUCAUUGUUUACAGCCUCUGCACUAGAUCCGUUCUCCAGUUCCAAUGGCUCCCUAGAAUCCACGCAGUUACAAUCUUUUUCUGAACUGUUGUUAGCUAAUGGCCUACCAUCGUCAAUUUUUUUAAUUUUGUUCUUAUUGGAUGUCUGUGUGAAUCAGUGCUUGUUUUUUCUCUUUUGAAACUUUUACACUGCAUUUUUUAAGCUGCUCCUUUUUUAUCGGAGUUGAGGAUUUUUGAGAUUUUCAUUUUCUAGAACCAGUCGAUGGUGGUUAGUUAUUUUCGGAACGGGUCGUACAUGAAGGGGGCUGACAUAUUGUUGUGACUCACCCAAAGACACUCUUGACAUUUUUAGUGUAGUAACAGGCAAAACAUAUUAAGAUUUUUGCUAGUUGAUGCAACAGGAAUGGAGACUUAACGCGUGCUUUUGACAGUACAGAAGAUGACAUGAUGAUUUUUUGUUAAUUAAUGCAAUAUGUGAUUUUGCUACCGUUCAGAAGUAGUUCUACUUGAUGUCUUGGCAAGAGAUUGCUCAGGAGCAGGAAAAGAUAGAAAAGACGAAUUCGAAGAACCUGUAUCUUUUUUAACAAAAUUUAGGUAUAGCUCAGCGAGUGAUUUUCAUUUCUAUUCACUGGAAUCUCCUGGAGGUGAUCUGUUAAUGGAAGCUGGUGCCAGGUCAUCUUCGUUAGGACGUUAGGAUUAAAGAAUAGAUGCCCGUAUUGCCGAACCCACUAACUGCAUUUUGGUCAGUGGAAUCUUUGAAAUGCGCCUGUGUAAAAAUGUCAUAUUGAUUGAUUAUUCAAUCAAAAUGAUUUUUUGAAAUGUAUUUAGUUCAUGCUCAAAAUACUUCUAUAUGAGACAGUAGACAGAUACGUCCAGGAGGAUAAACAAUAAUAAGGUUAUGUUAUUGCAAGUGACUAAUUCCAAAGCUGGAUAAAACUUAUGGGGCUCAGGGUUCUCCAGAUGUAGCAAGCACUUUCUUUCUUCUCUUGGUGUAACAAUCUCCACAAAAUAUUUAAGCCAAAGCAAGAAUGUUGGACCAUUCACCCAAUCAUUAUCGGGUGCAGGAUCCUUGAGAAACUGUUCUACUUGAGGUGAGGCAAUUGAGGUUGGUUCUGGGGCAUACAGUGUAACAUCUCCACCAGCUUUUCCAUUUUUAAACGGAUUGUUAAUUUGAUUAUCUUCCGCGAAAUCAUACGUCAAUUUUAAAAAAUCGGAUUUCGCUAAAACGAAGAAAAGUAAUAUGCAUAAUGUGUUUAUUAAAUUCAAUCUCUUGUGUACUGGUGAAAACUGUCAUAAACCUGCCCAAUUUUCCUUUUUUGCCUAUUGAACGUAACCUAUGAAAUACCAUACUCCUUUGAAUCUGUCACAAUAGUUCACCAAUUUUUGUUAACGCAAUCGCCAUGGUCUCCUCGUUCCAGCUUGCCUACUAACAUACUUAUAAACCAUCUGAAACCAAGAAAAAGAAUUACACAAGGUUUAUUAAAGGCUAAUUAAAUUAUAGCUCUUAUUAAAAAAUGCAUAUCGAGCAAAGCAAAUACUCACCAGGUGAAACGAAGAAUCUUCACCUUUAAACAAAUGGAUUUAAGGGUCGUGACGCCGCAUAAACAUUAUUACAUAUAUCUGACGCCUUAUUACGUUACAAAUAUCAAGAAACUUACUUUGAAACAAAUAUUUUAACAGAACAAAUUUUUAAAACGAGUAAAACGAAUAAUAAUGCCGCGUUUAUUUUUCGCUUGGUUCGCUUUGCCCCGGGCUUCCUCUAGACUCAGCUGCCAUUAUAAUAUACAGGGUCUCAGUUAUUAAAUUUCGCUUGUUAUGGCGUUAGGGUCUCGUAAUUGAAAAGCAACCCGCAGAGUUCAGAGUUCAUAACCUCAAAUAUGUAACGAUCUGCCGCCCGUUGUCGUCAUUUUUUCGUAACGCCGCGUACCAGAUGCGCACGUGUUCGUGAAAUGCUCAAUAAUUGUUCUUAAAGCGUGGAAUUUAAAUUUGAUCUGCAUUCACCCAAAGUACGUUUGACAUUACGCACGUGUCAAAUUUUCCGGCGUCUUCCUCGACGCGCCACGAAAAUCUGUGAUACGACUAUGAUAUUGAACAAAAUAUAUCCUUAGGC